GACAAAAGGUGGCAUCACUGAGGACGUGUUGGAAGCACGGAUGGAGCUGUGCUCAUUGAUAUGACGCCAUUUUACUAACCUUUUCGGCGCGGAUCGCGACGAUCCACUUAAGGUAACACCAUUGUAGUCAAGUAGUGCUAUUAUGGAAGAUGAGGAUGGUGAAAGUAAAAUCAUGGAUAUGUGGAGCAUUUUGGGAAAACAACAACUUAAAGAUACUUCCAUUGGAAAUUCAUUAAAGUCGUCGAUUGACAAUAUAUACACCGAUGUCAUAGAAGAAGAGAAACAAUUAUUGCAGUAUAAUUCUAUUACAACCAAAGAUUCACCAAGCAAGAAUAACACUGCAGGAUCAAAAAUUGUAUUUAAAGGGUUUAAGAAACGUAUUUUGGCACAAGCUCAAGAGACACAAACAAAUACGUUAAAAAAUAUAGUGCAGGAACAACAGUCGCAACAUUCUAAUCCAUUGUCCAGAAGCAGCAAGGAGAAAAGAGCGGAAAUUAAACGGGGCAAAAUAACGGAAUAUGCACAAUAUUUGGGUCUUCAGCCUUCGUCAAAAAAUAGAUGUUUAAAGUGUCAGUCAUCGUCAAAUUUGUGCUCUACGUUAAAACAAAGUUCAUGUACUUGUAAUUCCACAAUGACGCCAAUGCCCAGUACGUCAGAAUCGUCUAUAGUGCCGCAUUCACCUAAUUUCAAAAUCACGAGGAAAGUUUAUCUUUGCGCGGCAUGUGGCACGUAUUUUGAAAAUUGGAACUUGUUUUUACACAUGAGGGAUAUACAUAAACGUCAUAUAUGUUUAUUUUGUCUUGGGAUGUUUGGUCAAGCCGAGAGGCUGUCGCAUCAUUUAAUAAAAAAGCAUAGCGUUCCAGAAAUGGCGUUUACGUCUGUUGAUGAUUUUUAUGGUGCUUUCAAAGGGUCGUGUUAUUUAGUUUGUUGUACAUGCGAGAAAGUUUUUUCAGAAACGGAUAACUUUUAUAAUCACUUUUGUUCGCCAACGUCUAAGCAAGAUGUUACUGCUUCCAUAUGCACGUUAUGUAGACAAACAGGUUCACACGCAAGUACAUGCAGCUUGGCUGUUGAAAGCAACAAAGAAGCAAAUCCUGCUUUACCAGCUACUAUGCAGACAGGGAUAACAUCAGCUAACGUGCUUGAUAAAGGUGUAAAUAGUGACAAUAAGACUGUUCCAAGGAAAUCAAUGAAAAACAAUAGGUCUAAAUACAUGGAGGACGGUACGACGAAUCAACAAAAAGUAAAUGUUCACACGAAAAAGAUGAAUAACAAAAUUGCCGUAUCUCAGUCAAACGAGAGCCAAGUAUUUGACGAAACGUUAAACAGGGAUGAAAAUUCUCAAAACGUAGUAACGCACGAUUUAGUUAAAGAUACUGUUUCAGAGACAAUAAUGGAAGUCUCAAAGUAUAUCGAAGAUUCUUCUCAAGGGAAGGAAGGAUCAAAUGAAAAAGAGAUUUGUCAAAGUAAUUCGAAGUUAAAUUCAACCGACUCACCUAGCCAUAAUAUGCCAUACGAUAGUGUAACAGAAACUAUUAUGGAAGUAUCACGAUGUACAAAUAACGUAGAAGAGUUUGAUGACAAAAGUAAGAGAGAGAAUAUAGAUGUAGUUGAUACGUUGAAUACCUCUGACAACUCAGAAAUAAAUUCUAGCGAAAUGCCUAAACUCGAUGCGAAAGCUGUAAAUAGCUCGAUCGAAGAGACCAAUAUCAAGGCGGACAAUGUUAAUUCUGUAAAUCAAGAAACAGAAGAAAAUGUAAUCAAAGAGAAACUAGAAGACAUGUUAAAAAUGGACGACUCUAAUUCUCACGAGUCUGAGAGUCCCGCGCAUAGUCCAGUUAGCCGAUCGUUAUUUAGCCCGCAACAUGAAUCGCACGUGUCCGAUCUUCAGCCCAAAGAAAAAACUUGCGACAAUGAUAACAAAGAGAAUUUUGACGUACCUAACGAAUCUCAGUCUUCUGUGUCAUUCAACGCUACUAGUGAAACAACUUCCGAUAGGAGUUUAGUCAUAAAGAUAUGUACCAAUAGAAAUUCUCAGUUUUCUGUCGCAACUCGUAGGGAAAGUGCAGAGGAUAAGGACAUUGAUAAGAAGGAGGAAGAAAACAACAACGCGGAAAGUUCACUAACAGAGGAGAAAGAAUCUGAUAUUUUUGAAGAAGAAAAGGACAAUAUCGCUAGUUAUCAAGUGAACGACGAAGACAGCGAUUCUGAUAGUUUGAAAUUAGCGGUAGUGGACAAUGUCGCUGAAGAGACCGAGGAUAUCGAAGAGACUAGCGAGCACAGGGCGGUAACAGGAAUCGAAAUCGAGACGAAUAUAAGUAUCGAGAGUAAUGAGAAUCAGGCUGAGAUCAUUGACGAGAAAACAACAGUCGAUGUAGAUACGAGUGGAAAAGAGGAUGAGAAAACGAAAGAGGAUGAGAGUGAAGAAAAUCACGCGGAGGGUACAGUAUCACAGUCCCAGAUGCAGCCAAGCGAUGGCAUAAUAUUGGCUGGGGAGGAUGUUCCUUGCAUCGAUCUUAACGUUGACGGCACUUUAGAUAGCAUAGAGAUAGAAGAUUUACUGAAACGUUGUAUAGAAGCAGCCAGCCCUUUCUGCGUCUAUUGUAAUCACGCACGUCAUAUAGCAGCGAACGGAAAACAAUUAGGAUUGCAUAUGCUCGCAGAACACAAGUUUCAACCUCAGCAUCCCGCCAUAAUUAUCCAGCCGGAGCAGUUUAUCGCCAGAGUGAAAAAGUCCCUCGACGAGUUAGACUCUUACUUCUUUAAUUUAGAUUCUUACAGUAGCACAAACGGUACAUACAAUAUUCCAGGCGUGAGAACGUACGAAUGCUUUCAUUGUAGAUUUCAUUCUGCCAUACACAAGGAACUUUAUCUGCAUAACCGGAAGAUGCAUCAAAAGACAAUCUUAAUUUGUAUAAUGUGUAAAUCCACUUUCUAUAGUUAUAGCGAGUUACUUUGUCACUUGUGCCCUGGAAUAUACUCUCCAAAUAUCAACGUCAGGUACAGGUGUUGUCUUUGUCCAGUGGCAAAUCUUCCAUCCGCAUUUCGAUUGAUGGUACACCUGCGCAAAAGGCAUCACGCGUGCGACGUUUGCUUGGAGUCUACCGGGAAUCAGCAGCGUCUUUCGAAUCACGUUUGGAAGCACAAGCUCCAUCACCUAUGCUACAGAUGCGGCAUUGCAUACAGAAACAAACCGGACAUUACCAAACAUUUAUUUUGGAAGCAUGGAACGGAGAGCGUACUGUGCAAAAAAUGUCUACAGAAGAAAUGGCCACAUAUCUAUCACUUUUGCAUACCACCAACAGCUUUCGUUUGCGAGGAGUGUGGCUCUAGUUUCUCGCGAGCAGUCGCUCUAAAAGUACACAAGAGGUUACAUUCCGGAGAUCAUCCGUAUUCUUGUAGCGAGUGCUCCGAGCGUUUCAUUUCUCGAAAACUGUUGGCCAAGCACGAAGACGCUCAUAAAGAACCGCCGGUGAUCAGCGCAAACCUGCUGAUGGACACGAUGAGUCAGCAACCAAUGAUCAACGAGGAAAAAUUGGACAAAGAAACGGUAAGCGUGAUCGAUGGCAAUGUGGCUGUUGCCGAGUCGAUGAAAGACGUCAAAGAGCCUGUGAAAAAAGUAGUCGAUGUUUACGAUCUGCCACCGUUGAACUUGUCCUCGGACAGUGACACAGACUCCGAAGAAAAGAAACCCGAGACCAAGGAACCGGAGAGCGUCGAAUUGGUGAAAUCAGCCGAAGAAAAUGCAACGUCCUCCGUGGAUCAAGCAAAGUCCGUUUCCUCCGAGCCUGUCGUAGACAACAUAGUAGAGGUUGAACAGAAUGAGGAAGAGAAGGAGCAGGGAGCGCAGAUCAUGGACGGUAUCUGGGAUAAUUUCAAGAGCUACACGGCCAGCUUAGAGAUGAAAGAGACAACCAGCAACUUUGCGAUCAAAGAGUCGGAGCCAGAAACCGACGUGGCGUUCUUAAGGAGUAUAGUACUGGCCGAUCACGAUUACUGCGUCGUAUGGUCGGACAAAGAAACCGACAAAGACGCAGAGUCUUCGGCGUCGAAAGCGAAAGAAGACGCGGUAAACUCAAGCGGGGACCAAGAUUAUUUAAAUAAGGUGGAGAAGAGCCCGUUGGACUCUGGCAACGAUAUACAAAAUAGCAAUGCGGACGACCCAAAUGGGAAAAAAGCGAAAAGUCCGAAGAAAAAGAAACAAGGUGGUAGUACAUCGUCGAGCGAUUCGUCCAGCGACAGCGAUUCGAGCAGUUGUUCCUGCGGGACGAACUGCAGCUGCAGCAGUUCGUCUUCCGGUAGCUCUUCUAGUUCCAGCAGUAGUUCCGACUCGGACAGUUCCACCUCGGAAGGUUCUCCGAAGAAACAGUCGAAUCGGAAGGAACGGAAAAAGGAGAAAGAAAGCACGCAGGAGCCGGAGGCUCGGUACGCGAAAUCGGAGAGCAAGGAGAUCUCUCCGGAGAUGAAGAACGGAUCUGCAACGGUGCCGAUAGAGCCAGUUUGCCCGCCGCAGCUCUCGCUGAAGGAGUCCGAUCUGGAAACCGAGGAGACAGAAACGGACGAGGACUUUUACGACGAACAUCCUCAACAGCUUGCGAACAAACUGCUCGCGGAGAAGCGAAAUCAGCUGAUGCUAUUGGCCGCGGUCGCCCCUGCAUCCACAGAGUCGGCGAUCCCGUUGAACAACGGGUUAACGGACACGGACACGGCGGUUCCUUCUCCGGAUCCAAUUCCUGUUACCACAGAGGAAGAUCAGUCGCAGCAGCAGCAGCAGCAGCAACCACAACAGCAACAGCUACAGCAGAAGAAAAAAGUGAAAACGAAGAAACGAAAGAAGGGAGAAAAAACGAAACAGCGUAACUCGACGCCAACGGUCGAGUCCAUUAAACUAAACAUUCCUAAAGCGUUUUACCAAAAGAAUCCGGGUUAUUCGGCGUCGUCGCCGGUGUUGAUGCAAUCGAACGUGUCGACAAACGAUGUCCACGCGAUGAACGCGACCGUUGAAUCGCACGGGAUGGGAGUAACUGGUCAAAGUAUCGGUGGCAGUGGUUCCGAGGCGGAGAGCAAACGGUCGUCGAAACGGAAACGAGUACCGAAACGAUUCUACGGUGACUCGAGCGACGACGAGGCGGAGAAACAGCCGACGGCGAAGUGGAGGAAGAUUGAGACGGCGGCACCUUCUUUCGCGGCAGUGCCAACCGUCGUCAAAUCAUUACCACCGAGACUGCCUUUCGGCGGUAAGAGCAUGGCUUACAGGUCGCUCGAGAGCCAAUCGGAGAACCUAGCGAUCGCUGCAGCGUCUGCGACCGAAUCGGAGGAACCUGCGGAGAGCAGCAGUGAUUCAAGCGACACCGAAGUAGAAUCCAGCCAACAGAUGCAGACACAUCUGUCGGCUGGCAACCCGUCGGCCCCGGAACGGCCGGUUAACCUGUAUUGUUAUUGCCAGUGUCCGUACGACGAAGUGUCAGAGAUGAUAGCUUGCGACGCCGAGGAUUGUCGCAUCGAAUGGUUUCAUUUCGAGUGCGUCGGUAUCAUGGUACCGCCGAAAGGCAAGUGGUAUUGUCCAGACUGUCGAAAGAAACACGGUAUCGUGCAAAACAGCGAGGACUACUUUGACUGAUAGCGUCGGAUAGCGUCUUGAAUGUGUGGUAAAAUUUCGUCUCUAGGCACAUUUGGCAAUGGGUAUUCAAUUCUCUCUGUCUCUUCUUCUUCUUCUUCUUCUUCUCUUCCUUUCUUCUCCUUCUCUGUUUAUUUGUCCAUCUAUCUAUAUCUUUUUCUUUCUCUUUUAAAGCUUUUUAUGUAAUUUAACGAGAAUAAUAUGUUCGAAAUGUAAAACGUUGCCCGUUUUUGUUGGCUCGUUUUAUUUGUCAGUUUGAUCCAUUCUAUAGAAGCUUGAGAUAUUAUAAAUUUUUAAACACUUUAAAUGCUUUAUGAACAUAGAUGCAGCAUUGAAAUAUUAACUCUAUGUUAAAUGUCUUUUUAUGCACGCAAUGCGUAAUAUAGUUGUAGGUAUUAUCUUAUUUUUUUCGUUGAAGAUAAUUAAUGAAUUUUCAAUAAUAAUAUUCAUAUUCAAUACUAGUAAUCAUGUAAGAUUCAUCCGAUUAAUAGUGUUGAAUUAUAUUGUUUAAACGUGAAUUGACAGAUAACGGUAAAAGAGAGACGCAGAGAGAAUUGAAUUGCCCAUCUCUAUUCCCAACAUUUUCUUUCUUUCUUUCUCCUUCGUAAACAAACGAAUCGAUACACUGUUCCACGUUGAUAUUUUUCUUAAAAAUACGAUACGAUAAUGAAAAAGAAAAAAGAAGAAAAAAAAAAACAAAAAACGUUUGUAUAUAACUGUAAAUACGCCUUAGAGUUUAUAACAAGGAAGUAAGGUUUUUUGUGUACAUUUGUUUGUACUUCUUUUAAAUGACAAAAAGUGCGCGAUGUAUAAAUUUAGUGUAGCCGAAUAGGCAAGUAAUAGCGUUCUAAAGCGAAAUUCUAGGCUACGUCGUAGAGCGAAGAAUUCUCAAAGCCUAGCGUGAGGGGAGGGCUGUGUUUUCAUCAAUUCAAAAUUGCGAUAAUCACGGUUGAUACGACUGUCGGCACUGCUGGCGGUGUCUGUGUCCCCAUUAGAUGAUCGCAUUUUUUUUUUCCGACCAUCAUUUUGUUUCUAAUCUUCUCCGGAGAUAAACUCGAAUUAUUCUCGCUUAAACCAUCGCUAUCGCCGUCGUCAUCGUCAUCGUCAUCGUCAUCGUCAUCAUCAUCGUCAUCGUCAUUAUUAUUUUGUUCCUUUCUUCUAUUUUUUUCUUCUGUUCCCUUUAUUUUUCAUUUUCUUGUGUUUCUCGUCGCUUGAAUUUUUCAAAUUUUCACAAUUGUGCUACGCGUUCAGAUUUUGUUUCUUUCUCCCUCGCUCAUUUUCUCCCUAUUUUUACUAAUGUACCUACAGCGAAAAUUGAAAUUCCUUUGGUUGUAUUUUUUUCUAUCGUUCCGUUGCGCUUCAUGUUUUAGAAUAAAUAAACGAAUUAACUAGCGAAUCUUUUAUCGUUUUUCCAGUCUAGUUCUUAGUUGUUUCUUUUUUCGUGAUAGCUCUUCUGCCAGCAAACAUUUUCAAGGUGAUUGUACAGCUGUAAGCACUUUGUUCAAAUCAGUCCAGUAAAACGCCUGAAAAUUUCUUUCCAUCUAUCCUUUCCUGUAAUAUCUUCUAGAUCAUCAAAAUCCAGUGAAAUGCAAGUGUGCGAUGAAAUGCGAUUAUACGUAUUACACGUAUGUAUAUCUGAUCGAGAAAGAAAACAAUUCCGUUUGUCAAGAAAUAUUAAGUUUACUAUUUAUAUUAUUAAUAAUAUUAUUAUUAAUAAUUAUAUCGAAAUUGUUUUAUUACGUACGUGAAAUCAGCCGUAAUUUAACAAGAAUAUAAGAAGAAAUAAAUGAUCAUCGGUCACAGUUAAAGGAAGAACAUCCGUUUUUACAGAUUGAAUUUAUCUUUAUCCUUCGGCCGAUUUGAUUGUUCAACAAAAAUCUUAUGGUCGAGUCUGUCAAUCGCUGAAACGUUCAUUUUUAUUUUAACGCUUUAAAGGAAGAAACAACAUAUGCGUUAAUGUACAUGUUUAAUAGAAACUCGCAGUACAUUGUAAUGGUAAUAAUAUUAGUAAUGGUAAUAAUAAUCAACGUUAAUGUGCCAGAAAUACAAAUAAUGACAGGUUAAUUAAUUAUCGUCAGCCCUCGUUUCCUCUGGCAAUUCAAUACCCAUGAUGUCCGCGACGAAAUCUUUGUAAGAUAUCCUCUGUAUUAUAAAAAUAAUAAUACAUUACUUUCGGCGAGCCUAA